AUGGCGGACGCUGACGUGAUUGUUUUCAACGUUGCCACAUUCCUGGCGGCCCUGUUCCUCCUCGAGUUUGGGGCCGAUAAAUUCAUCGAUCACACGGCUGUAGUUGCGCGUCGUACGGGGCUUCCUGAGACCGUCGUUGGGCUCCUCACAGCCGGCGGGGAGUGGGAAGAGCUGGUGGUUGUUGUCGCGUCCCUGGCGCGGGGCCGCUCAUCCCUAGCCAUGGGCAACGUGAUCGGCGCCGCCAUCUCCAAUAUCUUGGGCGCCUUCUCGCUCGGCCUGCUAUCCUUUGAGACGGGGAGGGCGGCUCAAUUUGACAGGAGCGCGCGGAUAUACUCGCUCGUGCUACUCGUUCUGACGACCUUCGUCAUACCAAUUCUCUAUUUUCCAACGCAUGUCAUCUGGGAGGUGUGCGGUCCUGUUCUCAUCGCCACGUUUGGAAUCUAUCUUCUGCUCGUAGGCCUGGCCAUUGGCCGAGGGGUCCUUACGGCACCCGAAGAUUCCGACAGUGAUAGCGACAGCGACAGCGACGCAGAGAGUGACGCUGACGUUGACAAUGAUCGCCACAGCAGUUCUGAUGCAAGAAUUGCCGUGAGCAGAGCGGAGGCUACAGAGACAGAUCCGCUCAUCAACCCUCGCGUGCCAAAGGUGAGAGCCGCUAGCCCAGGCCACCACCCAGAAGCCACACCUCAACCUGUUCCGUCGCGGCGCCGCAGACCCCACACUCUCGGGUAUCAUGGCCUCUACCUACUAUUCGGAUUCAUCGCCAUCUGUCUCGCCGGCUACAUCCUCUCCCAAGCAGCGGCAAAUAUCACAGACCAGUUUGGCAUCUCGGACGUUCUAUUCGGCGUUGUCAUCCUCGCCAUCGCCACCACGCUACCUGAGAAAUUCAUCGCUGUCAUGAGCGGCUACCGCGGCCACCCCGGCAUUCUCGUCGCGAAUUGCGUCGGCAGCAACAUAUUCCUUCUGUCGCUGUGUGUUGGCAUUAUCAUGGUUGACACUACGGGUGCUCUGGAUGGAGGCAACGUAACGAUGCCAGAACUGGUGGCUCUUUGGGGGUCGACGCUAGGUUUAACCCUGACAGUCUGGUUUGGAGCCAGGUUUUGCCGCUGGAUUGGCGUGGCUAUGUUGGUUGGCUAUGUUGUUUUCAUUGUGCUCGAGGUCACAGUUAUCCACCGUGUGGCGAAUUAG